GCUGACGUCACACCCACUCGGUUCUUGUGUAACUCAUAAAGAAAUUAAUUUUAAUAAACGCUGCAUUAAAAAACACGUGGCGCUGCCAUGUUGUUUACAAGUGACGUACCUGUGAAAAAAACAAAAAACAACCUAGCUUGUUGUAUCGUUAGCUGCUAGCUAACAUCGAGCUAGCAGCUAACUUCGACCGUCGAACUACCGCGACUCGUCCGUUGUUGGUUCUGUGGCAGGUGACGUCCCACCUGCCGACAUGUUGUUCUACACUCAGCUGUUCACGUCCAAGCGAGGACCUCUGGCCAGAAUCUGGCUCGCAGCGCACUGGGAGAGGAAACUCACCAAGGCCCACGUGUUCGAGUGUAACCUGGAAACUACCAUCAGAGACAUCAUGUCCCCAACGAUGACGAUCGGUCUGCGGACGUCCGGUCACCUGCUCCUCGGUGUCGUCAGGAUCUACUCCAGAAAAGCAAAGUACCUGCUCGCAGACUGUAACGACGCCCUGCUGAAGAUCAAGAUGGCGUUCAGGCCAGGUCAGACAGAUCUGCCGGUCGAGGGGCUCGAGGCCACACUGAGGACCAUCACCCUGAUGGAGGAUUUCACUGCGUUCGAUUCCCAGCUGCCUCCUCUGAGUGACAUCGACGUGGUCGACCACUUCUCACUGAACCAGAGUCGACUGGAGGAGAUCACCCUGAAGGAGGAUUUUGGAAACGACUUCCUGACGGACAUUGGAGGCAAGUCCAAGAGCCACCAGCUGGAUAUGAGCUUCCACAGCCUGACGCAGCACGGAGACGCGUUCGGAGACGAGGACAACGUGUUUGACUUAGUUGACUUUCUGACAAACUCCAGUGAUCCUGCUGAGUCGAGCGACUUUGAGACUCGAAAGGAAAAAACAGCAAACGGAACGCUCAGUCGUCAACAAGAUGUUGACGGUAGAGACCCGGUGACGACAGAGACCUCGGCACUGGAUGAGACCACGCUGGUCGUCAAUGACGACGAGGCCUUCGCCCUUGAACCUGUGACCAUCACUCCGAACCCGGAGGAGAAGAAGAAGGGGAAGAGGAAACGCAGACUGGUUGUUGACCAGAGGAAAGAGUUGAGCAACGCGUCGAUCAGAGAGCAACUGUCCGACUACUCGGAUGUGGUCGCCCCGUUGGACAUGGCCCCGCCCACCGUGCAGCUCAUGCAGUGGAAGCAGAGCGGCGGAGCGGCGAGACUCUUCGUACGACCGUGUUCCUCCGUCGCAGCUCUGCAGAUACACGAGAUCUUCACUACGAGGAUUUUCCAGGCGAAAUAUUUUGGCUUUCAUGAGGCGUUGGAGGAGGAGGAGAUGGAGGAGAUGCGUCAGGACCGACGAGAAGUUCAGGGUGAAGUCAGCGGCGUCACCACAGACAACGUCAGUGUCGUGGAUUCGUCCGUCGAUACCGACAGAACUCCCGACGCCGAGCUGACGAGUCACGAUCCAACGAACCAGCGUGAGAAUCACUCGGCGCUCGCUCCAGAUGAGAACAGGUCAGAGUUCACGAAUCCAGAACUUCCAUCAGAAGACUCCAUGUUCGUCCACCCGCCUCACCUGGAGCAGGAGACUCCGCCCACUUCCCUCAACACUCAGCCGGUGCAGGAUAGUCUGGACUCUGAGGAGAGGAGGAUCACCAGACGAGCUCACCAGCUCCUCGACUGUCUGAAGAGUCAGAGUGUGACCUCGUUCAGCCUGCAGACGCUCUGUGAAGGAAACACUCGCUCGCAGGCCGCCGCCACGUUCUUCUGUCUGCUCGUCCUGAAGAAGCAACAGGCACUGCAGCUGCACCAGAGCGCCCCCUACCAGGACGUCCGAGCAUCGCCCGGACCCACGUUCUACCACCAACAAUCAGCUUCAUAAAAUUAAUCAAAAAGUUUCUGAUCCAGGACAGACGGGUCACAUUAAUGUUAUGAGUUAUAAGUUGAUGAUACUGUAUGUCAGGAGACUGUACCAGGGUUUCUGCAGCUCUUUAAAAUCUAUUGAAUUUUAUUUUCUUUAAAAAAAAAGGACACUAAAAGUUAUUAAAAAGUCUUAAAUUUGAUUCACAAAAAUCGUAAAUAUUUCCCUCAUCAGCUGUUUGGUUCAUUAAAGAUAUUUCAUUUAUAUCAUAUAUGAUAAAACCAUCUGAUAUCAACAUUUAGUAACUGAACCCGGCAAUUUCAGUUAAGUUUUGGCAAAAAAAAAUGAAUGAAAAAUGUAUUAGAUUAUCAAAAUAUCUAUUGAUUAAUUACUUUUGGCAAGUCAAAAAAAGAAAUGAAUUUUUUAUUGAUUAAUAUAAGUUAAUCCAGGCCCAGGUCGCAUUAAUGAAAUUGAUUAUAUAAUCGGGAAUUAUUGUUGUAAGCUGCUGGGAAGUACUGGAAAUAUUCAUAAAUAAUUAAAGUCUAUAUCGCCGCUUCUGGUUCUCAGGUUUGUUGAUGAGACGAAUAUUAAAGGGUUUUUUUGUGGUAUUAAAAAAAAAAAACUUGCAUUUAAUUUGGUGAACCUGCGGAAACCCUGAGUGUGUGUGUGUGUGUGUGUGUGUCUGUCUGUCUGUCUGUGUCUCUCGGAGUGUGUGUGUUAAAAAUUGUACAUAUUCUUUGUUCUUGUCACUUUUUCCUUUGUGAGAAACGGAUGAUUGAAUGUAUUUAUUGUUUUAAAAGUGAUGAUAUAUCUACUGUAUCUCAGGUUAUGCGUCAUGUUCAGUGUUUUCCUCCAGUUCCUCUCGUUUCUAUUUAUUAAAAAACAACAAACAUUUGUUUUUCAUAAAAUAAAAGAGUUAAAACCCAAACGCUGAGUGUGAGACGUGUUGUCCACCAGGUGGCGCUGCUGUUUUUAUCUGAGAAUUAAAUGUUGAAAAUAAUUUGUAAAAAGGUUUUAUUGAUGUCUGUUCAGUUCACUUCUGUUUCAGGGAAUCAAAUAAAUAUUUGACAUUUAUAUGAAACAAA